UUGGGCCUGUACGUAGAAGUCACGGAACGCCUCAGCUACGGACCACUGCCAUUUGGCUGCCUCGCAGGAUCUGCUCAUUAUUGCGGGCGUGUCCAUUCCCAUUUGCCGCCUCAUUUCCUUCUCUAUAUUGAUUCUCUUCAAUUCUCGUUUUUUUUUGCUGGUAAUACUUCAUCGCACGGCGGCGUUGAAGGCUUAUGGUCUCUAAUCAUGGGAGGAAAGCUCAGAGCCAAGCCAUGGCGGUGGUUGAUGAGAGGCUGGGGGAGGAAAGAGAGGGCGAGGCCGGUCAUCGGCGUGCUAACCUUCGAGGUGUCCCGCCUCAUGUUGAAGACCAUCAAUCUCUGGCAAGCCCUCGACGAUGAUCGGGUUGCGGUGCUGAGGGACGAAACCCUACGCCUCCAAGGAGUGAGAAAACUUGUCUCCGACGAAGAUGACUUCCUCCUUAGCCUCGCCUUGGCCGAAGCAAUGGACGCCGUCCACAUCAUUGCGCGGGCCGUAGCCCGCCUCGGAUCCCGCUGCUCCAACCCGGUCCUCCUCCGCUUCGAGUAUGUCUUUACGGAUCUGAUAAAGACCGACUCCGACCUCUGCGGUCUCGAAUACCCUAAUAAGAAGAAGAUGGCGCGCGAGGUCAAGAAGAUGGAGAAGUUCAUCGCGGCGAGCUCCAAUUUGUAUCAGGAGGUCGAGAUACUCGCGGAGCUGGAGAAUGAUCUGAGGAGGAUGCAAACGAUUCCGUCGAUGAAUCGACAGGGUUGCAGCUUAGGGAUUUAUAAAAAAAGGGUUUCGUGGCAGCGGCAGGCUGUGAAGAACCUGCAAGAUGCCUCUGUCUGGAAUCGGAGUUAUGAUUUCGUUGCCCGGAUUCUAGCCAGGGCUUUGUUCACAAUUGUCGCGAGGAUUAAGUUUGUUUUCGGAUUUCAUCGCAAGGACGAGGCUUAUGGCUCUAAAACCACGGGGCAUCUCUCCAGCAUCUACAAUUCUGUAAGUGGAAUUUUAAAUUCUUCUUUUCUCCACUCCUCGAACGUAAGAGGCAUAAGAAGUUUUGCAUCAGGUCCCCUCAUGAAUCGUAGUAGCUCCAAAUCUUCGCCACACGGUAAUUUUCACAUACAAAACAAUAAUACUGCAAGCAUAGAUACAAAUGAGAUCGAAGGAGAAGAAACUGAACCUCAAACAAAUAUUUUCAAUAUGAAACUAUCUCUGUCCUUGUUCGAGUCCAAACGCAAGCUACUGAGCGCUCCGCCAUCCACGCUGGGAGCUGCUUCUCUGGCUCUGCAUUACGCAAAUUUGAUCAUUGCAAUCGAGAAGCUUGCUGCUUCUCCGAAUUCAAUAGGGCCUGAUGUGAGAGAUGAACUGUACAGAAUGCUACCUAGCAGCAUAAGAAUCGCCCUGAAGAUGAGGCUGAGUUCUUACGCAAAGAACUUAGGCUCAUCUGUUUAUGAUCCAACUCUUGCAGAGGAAUGGAGUGACGCCAUGAUCAAGAUUUUGAAUUGGUUGUCUCCACUUGCACAUAAUAUGAUUAAGUGGCAAUCAGAGAGGAACUUUGAGAAGCAGAAUUUUGUUUCAAGCACAAAUGUUCUUUUAAUGCAGACUCUUUAUUAUGCAAAUCAGGCCAAGACUGAAGCUGCCAUAACAGAGCUGCUUGUAGGUCUUAAUUAUUUGUGGAGAUAUGGUAGGGAGCUCAAUGCAAAAACUGUGCUUGAUUGUGUUGGCAGCAGAACUUUUAUGGGUGCUGGAAGAUAAAGAGAAUUAUAAUUUUUGUUUAAGCAAGUAAAAUUGAUACUAA